AUGGCGGACACUGCCUCGAAGCAUCGAGCUGAGUUUGCCUUUGCUCAGCUCGAGAACGAGAGAUCUCUGACAUCUCUUCGUGACGAGCUAAGGGUAGCUCGUGGGAUUGUUGAUCGGUCUCGGGCUGAGAUAACUGCUCUUCAGACCCUUGUUGAUGCCCACCAUCGGGAGCACAAGGCUCUCUGCGAGAUGCUUGAGCGCAAGGGCGUUCUUCAUCGGAAGAAGCAGCGUACUGAUGGUACGGCUUAA